CCCUCCACUUCCGCUUCGAAGGCGAGAAGUUUGACCGAUAGCCGCAGCGACCGUUUGACGGAGACUUGGUGUCCAGGACUCGUUAGGAACCAAGGUGCCCCAAUCCCCUAUUGGCCCAGACUCCUGCCUACGGUCCCUGAGCACAGCCAUCAUGCCUCGUGGGCAGAAGAGUAAGAACCGUGCUCGUGAGAAACGUCGCCAGGCCCAGGCUGAUACCCAGGGUCUUCAUGAUGAGGCCACCACAUCUGGGGGAGAAGAGACCACCUCUUCCUCUCCUCCUGAUUCAGAGAGCGCUCCCUCAAGCUCAUCUGCUGCUGGCACCCCCAAGGGGCCUCAGGGAGCCCAAGGCACCACCAGUGCUGCUGCAGGUGCUAUACGCAAAAGAUCUGGUGUCGGUGGCAAAGCACACUCAAGAUCUGGUGCAGGUGGCAAAGCACGCUCAAGAUCUGGUGUAGGUGCCGAGGGCCAAGUUCAGGAAGGUGAAAAUUCCUCCCAGGCCUCAGCUGCUGCUGAGAGUUCUCACACAGAACUUCUGGCCAGGAAGUCAGAGAUGUUGGUGCAGUACAUGCUGUUUAAGUAUAAAGUGAGGGAGCUCAUUAAGAGGUCUGAAAUGCUGAAGGUUAUCCACAGAAGGUACAGGGAGCAAUUCCCUGAGAUCCUCAGCAGGGCCUCUGAGCACAUGGAGCUGGUGUUUGGCCUGGUGCUGAGGGAAGUCAGGCCCAACAGUCACUCCUAUACCCUGGUGAGCAACGUAGAUUUCAGCGACAGUGAGUCUAUGAGAGGUGAUUGGGGGCUGCCGAAGAAUGGUCUUCUGAUGCCUCUGCUGGGUGUCAUCUACCUCAAUGGCCGCCGUGCCUCUGAGGAGGAUGUCUGGAAGUUCCUGAAUAUUCUGGGCAUCUAUGAUGGAAGAAGGCACUUCAUUUUUGGAGACACCAGGAAGCUCAUCACAGAAGAUCUGGUGCGGGAAGAGUACCUGGAGUACCACCAGGUGCCCGGCAGCGAUCCCCCUCGCUAUGAGUUCCUGUGGGGUCCUAAAGCACUCACAGAAAACUGCAAGAUGAAAGUCCUGCAGUUUUUGAGCAAGGUCAACGAUUCGGUCCCCGAUGCCUUACUGCCGCAUUAUGAGGAGGCUUGGAGAGAGGAGGUAGAGAGCGCCAGAGCCAGAGCUGCAGCCAGUGCUGGCCCUUCUGCCUCAGGCAGUGCUGGCCCUUCUGCCUCAGCCAGUGCUGGCCCUCCUGCCUCAGCCAGACCUGGCACUUCUGCUGCAGCCAGGGCUGCCACUUCGGCCUCAGCCAGGGCUGAUAUGUCUGCCACGGCCAGGCCUGGCCCUUCUGCCUCGGCCCAUGCUGGCCAUCCUGCCUCUGCCAGGCCUGGCCCUUCUGCCUCUGCCAGGCCUGGCCCUUCUGCCUCUGCCAGUUCUGGUCUUUCUGCCUCAGCCAGACCUGGCACUUCUGGUGCAGCCGGGGCUGGCACUUCGGCCUCGGCCAGGGCUGACGUGUCUGCCAGGGCCAGGCCUGGCCCUUCUGUCUCAGCCAGUGCUGGCCCUUCUGCCUCAGCCAGUGCUGGCCCUUCUGCCUUGGCCAGACCUGGCACUUCUGGUGCAUCCAGAGCUGGCACUUCGGCCUUGGCCAGGGCUGACAUGUCUGCCAGGGCCAGGCCUGUCCCUUCUGCCUCAGCCAGUGCUGGCCCUCCUGCCUCGGCCAGACCUGGCACUUCUGGUGCAGCCAGGGCUGGCACUUCAGCCUCGGCCAGGGCUGACAUGUCUGCCACGGCCAGGCCUGGCCCUUCUGCCUCAGCCAGGCCUGGCCCUUCUGCCUCAGCCAGUGCUGGCUCUCCUGCCUCAGCCAGUGCUGGCACUUCGGCCUCGGCCAGGGCUGACAUGUCUGCCACGGCCAGGCCUGGCCCUUCUGUCUCAGCCAGUGCUGGCCCUCCUGCCUCGGCCAGACCUGGCACUUCUGGUGCAGCCAGGGCUGGCAGUUCGGCCUCGGGCAGGGCUGACGUGUCUGCCAGGGCCAGGCCUGGCCCUUCUGCCUCGGCCAGUGCUGGCAUUUCUGCCUCGGCCAGUGCUAGCACUUCUGCCUCGGCCAGUACCCACUCCAGGGCCACAUCUAGCUGCUCAUCUCACCCCUAGUGUGGUCUGAAGCCUGCUCUUCACUUUGUGGUUGUAAAAGCCUGUCAACCUGUGUUCCUAAUAUGCAUCAAUAACUUGUUGACUUUCCCCCAUAAUUUUCAGUAUUACUUUUUUCAACAGAAACUUUAUUUAGUUUAAUGAUAGAAGUAUAUUAAUUACAUGGGUACACACUAUUUGCUGUUUGUCAAAUUUAGGAGUAAGAGUUUUGUUUUUUGAAAUACAUAUUGGAAAUCCUUAAAUCACUUGUGAUCCAGGAUGAGAAUAACAUCACUUUAGUAUAAGAAUAUGCUUAGAAAUGUGAAAGACACCACACUAAGAGAGGCUCAGAACAUUGAUACAUAAAUAGAGAUAUAGCUGAAAGUUAGUCAGUUUUUGGUUUGCUUUCCUCUCUGUUUAGUCUCCCUUUUUGUAAAGAUAAAAGUUAUAUACAUGGAUCUGCUUAUGGUUUUCA